AUGUAUGUGGAGCAAAAAAGAGUAACAAAACAAGAACCCAAAAAGUUUUUUUUUUUAUUUGCAUUAUUUUUCCUCUUCAACAAGUAGAAGAAGAUGGAGGAUUUUAGGGUAAGACAUGAGUGUUCAUCUCUCCGUGGUACUUUGUUGGAUUCAAGAUAUGCUAAGGCAGUGCAAUGCCUUGUAGAAGAAGUUAUCGAUAUAGGUGGUAGAGAGGUUGAGCUUUGCAACAACAUUCUAAUCAAUCAGCUGUUUCCAGGAAGGAGAAGACCCGGUUUUGCUUUGUCUUCCGAAAUCAAAUCCGAACUUUGCAGUUCUGGUUUCAUGUCUUUGCCUGAGAAUCAUGAGAUUCAUAUCAAAAUCACAAAGCUUCUCAGUUUGUUGCAACAGGUAGAAGAAAGAUUUGAGCAGUACUGCAAUCAACUGGAGCAAGUGAUUUCAUCAUUUGAGGAAAUAGCAGGAGAAGGAUCAUCUAAAGUGUACACCGGUUUAGCUCUCCAAGCCAUGACUCGACAUUUCGGUAGUCUUGAAGAAGCAAUAAUCUCUCAGCUAAACUCUGUUCGUCGGAGAUUCAUCAUUUCUCAUCAAGAUGUUCCCAAGAUCAUCAGCUCUGGCUUAUCACAGCUCAGCUUGUUCGAUGGGAACACCACUUCAUCAUCACUUCAGCGACUUGGUUUGGUUCAAGGACCACAGAGACAUGCUUGGAAACCCAUCAGAGGCUUGCCUGAGACUUCCGUUGCAAUUCUCCGAGCUUGGCUCUUUCAACAUUUCUUGCACCCGUCAGUUUUCUUGUUGCUCAAGUGUAAUAACACUAGUGAUGAAUCAAAGUUAAAAUGUUGGAGAAAUAACAUUAGUUUGAUUGCUGUAAUGAAAACAGUUAUCCGAAUGAAGCAGAGAAGCUGGUGUUGGCGUCUCAAACAGGACUUUCGAAGAACCAAGUAUCAAAUUGGUUUAUAAAUGCUCGAGUUCGACUCUGGAAACCGAUGAUAGAAGAGAUGUAUAGAGAGGAAUUUGGAGAUUCCUUAGAUGAAUCAAUGCAAAGAGAAGCCAAUGAUGAUUCAAACUAACUGAAAAAAAAGAAGAUAAAAACAGAACAGAGGUUCUUCUUCUUCUUCUUCUACUUCUUUUGAUGAUUCUUAGUCUUUUUAUCCCUUCUUUUGUAUGUUCCUAUCUUUACUCUUUUCCGAAAUCUGCAUUGUACUUGCACUGGACUCAAGUUUCCUUGCUUCGCCUAGUUUUGUUACAGCCUGAAAACGUGUUUUAGUAUUGAUCAUAAGAUGAAGAUUGCAACAAAU